AUGGAUAGAGAGCAAAGCGACAAUGUUCGCCAUGAGAAGACAGGAGAUGUCAUCGGAAACGGGGCGGUGGAUAAUGCCGAUAGCAAGGUUACAGACCGAAUAGACCAUGGUGGGUUCCUCCCUGAUGCCUUCCAAAUCCCGGGGACUGAAUCACUGGUAGUCGAUGAGCGUCAGGCUGCCCAACCGGCUGGUGAUAGCCUCGGCGCAGGUGUCUCCAGACGCUCAUCUGGCAAGUCCACAACUUCCGGAGGCGGAGCGUAUGCAGCAUCAGUCAACAGUACUGACAGAAACAACUCUGCUUCCUGGCGCCCACAGAGUAUAUCGUCUAUUAAAGGAGACAUUGAAUUCCGCGGGGGUCUUCAAGCUACUCGAUCCAGCAUCGAAUCGUCCAUGCAACGCGGAGAGCGCGCAGGAUCGUUCAUUGAGCAGCCUGUAAAGCAAAUCCCGGAACGACAAGACUCAAUGCCAGAACGCAAAGGUACUUGGAACACUAGGGUCGUCAAUACGGACCUAAGUAGAGCCGCCAAUGAUCCUGGCGCGUGGGUAGUCAGUCAUCACGCAAACGGCCUUAUUGAUAGCAUAAAGAAGAACCGCGGUCUGUCCUUGGGCUUGCUGAACUGGUGGAAAGGUCGGCGAAGAAUCAGAAGCCCAGAAGAGGCACAAGACAAGUGGAAGCGACCUUACGAGGACAAAGAUUUCAGAAUCAAUCUUGCGGAGCUCCAGCGUAUGCGUCUACGAAAGCUCCAGUGUAAACUAGUGAAGCAUGUAGCGCACAUGAAGAAAACGGGUGGGGAGCCCAAAGACUGGGAGGAAGACCUGGAGGCUUAUAUCAAGGCCGUCCAGGAUUACGACUACAUGAUCAACUGCAGCCAACUUCCGCGAGAUCCUUUUCUUGUUUCUGGAGAGCGCAAAAUUGACUCUUUUGUGAUGCACUCGCUCAUGGGCGAUGUCCUGAGCGAUUUCGAGAGAGGCUCGUUUGGCAACCCGAUAUCUGUUGCUGGGCCAUGGGAACAAGGCAGCCAGCCCAUCAGGGGUACGCGAAACGAUGACGUUGCAAAAUCUUGGAAGAAUGGGUUCAAGGAAAGACUUGUCAUAGCGGCAGUGGCCGGCUUCUUCCUGAUUGGACCUAUGUGGCUGAUGGUACUGCAUAAUACGCAGUACACGGGCUUGGUGUCAACCACAGCAUUUGUCGUAGCAUUUGGUAUCGUCAUGGCGUGGUUUUUGGAAAAGCCCAAGGAGGUCAUGUCAGGGACCGCCGCUUACGCCGCCGUUCUUGUAGUCUUUGUAGGGUUAGGUAACUAA